GUUUAAGCAUGGAUCCAGAAGCCGCGAGAAGUGCCAGAGAAUCUUUGGACUUGGCAUUUCACAUGUCUAAUAUUCUCAACACGGGGUUAGACCGUCAUUCUCUUUCUAUCCUAAUUGCACUAUGUGAUCUUGGGGUCAAUCCUGAAGCACUUGCUGCUGUUGUCAAGGAGCUUAGAAAGGAGAAGCCCCCAUCACAAUGAGAAUGAUAUCUGUUUUUAACUUUAAAUUCAGUUUUACAUGUUCUGUUUCUAGGGAGGCUUAAUGUCUGCAUAUGUUACUCUGUAUAGAAAGUACAUUUUAUCAACCUGUGAGGUCUCUAUGAAUCCUAAGAAGAGUAUGUCCUGUGAGUGAAUUUUUCAAAUGUAUUUGUUGCAGUAACUUGGUGUCAUCUAAAACCUCUAAAUAUUCAAAAUGCAAAACAAUUGAAUCCCUUGAAUAAGAAGAGGUCACAAGCUAUGUACGUUUCAAUCCACUUGCUACUUUUUCUCUAA